AUGUCAAAAGCAAAAGAAAAUUCUUCAACUUCGGAAAAAGGUGAAGGCAAUCAAACAAAAGAUGCUGCCGAGAAUCGUGACAACACUACCGAAAAUCAAGGUAAUGAAACGGGACAAAAGGCCGACACAAGUGAUCAGUCGAGUGAUCAAAGUGGCAGUGCAGACGCAAAUACCAGUGGGAAUGAACCGGCAACGAGUUCAGGUCCAAAAACAGGUGUCGAAGCAUGGGUACAGGCGGGCGACGCAGGAAACUUGGGCUCUGCUAAAACUGGACUCGAACAAUACUUCAAUAAGUAACAAAUCACUUUUAUUUUCCAACUACAUACGAACUAUUUUAUGACCUUUAAACAAGUGUUAACUUUUUUCCUCAUUCUGUAUAUUCUUAAGUGUUUAUAAUAAACAUGUAGCUUCGAUAUUUCAUAAAAAUACAAUCUAUAAAACCUCCUUUCAAAAACAAAACAAAAAAACAGACAAACACAACCAAAAUCCGCCAUCAACUUCUCAACAUAUUCCGGGCCACACACCGGAGUGGAGAAAAACUACCACAGACUAAACACUAUACAAACGCGAACAUCUGUAGCAGCUUUAAAAAAUUAGAUGUACAACUUCUUCAGAUUCCGUGUUUACAACUCCAACAAUUUCUUAUUUUAUUCAGAAUCUAUUCACGAAACACUUUUUGACCUGGAA